GCACUGAUAUCCGCGGCGCGGCGGCAGCGGCGCAGUCAGUGCGGCGGCGGUCAGCGAGCAGGGCGGAGCGGCGGAGGUGUGCGGGCGCCGGGACUGUUUGUGUGCGGCGCUUCUUAGGAGGAGGAGGCGGCGGCGAGGGGCCGCUGGCUGCCGGCCAUGUCGGGCCGGGGCAAGUCCGGCGGCAAGGCGCGGGCAAAGGCCAAGUCGCGAUCGUCGCGGGCCGGGCUGCAGUUCCCGGUAGGCCGGGUGCACCGGCUGCUGCGGAAGGGUAACUACGCGGAGAGGGUGGGCGCCGGGGCCCCGGUGUACCUGGCGGCGGUGCUGGAGUACCUCUCGGCUGAGAUUCUGGAGCUGGCGGGUAACGCGGCCCGCGACAACAAGAAGACGCGCAUCAUCCCGCGGCACCUGCAGCUCGCCAUCCGCAACGACGAGGAGCUCAACAAGCUGCUGGGCGGCGUGACCAUCGCCCAGGGCGGCGUCCUGCCCAACAUCCAGGCCGUGCUCCUACCCAAGAAAACGCAGAGCUCCAAAAAGUGAGCGCUGCCCCCGGCCCCCCUCCCGGCCCCCUCCUCACUUCUGUCCCACCUCCCCUCCCAGUGGGGCCGGGGUUCCCCUUUUUAUCCCCGAGCUUGGGCUAUGUGUUGAGCCCAGGCAGCACCCCACCAGCCCUCCACUAGCCCCCCCCGCCUUGGCUGCGGCAGGGUGCUGGGGGAGCAUGGGUGAGAUCAGGCCCUGCUUGUACCCCUACUCUGCCCCUCUUACCUCUGAAAGAAGUGUUUUUGGAGGAGGCAGCUGGAUCACAGCUUCUGGCGGUGGUGGCAUUUGGAGUUCUGUGGUUGUGUCAUGGUGCAGAGCUGCUGGUGGCUGAUGAGGACUGUUUGGGCUGGUGUGGGGAUGGACGCAGGCACCCCUGGCUGCCUCUGCUAGCCCUGGGGCUGUGAGGAGUCCCCCAAGCUGGUCCUGCUUGCCCUGGCAUGAGGAUGGGACUGGCUGCUGCUGCUGCUGCACUCUCCCAGCAAUGCCAUCCCGGCUGCACUGCAGUGGGGAGGGUAGGGGGCUGGAAAAUGUGAAAAGGAGGAAAAGUUUCUCCAUUGGCAAGAAGUGACUGUUAGUUUUUGUCCAUGGUAAAACUAGUGCAUUGCCUGCUGUAAAGAAGCUCUGGUCCUAUUUAUUUUAAAGCGUCGUAUUUUGGGGUACCUCCCUGCAAAGUUACCUUCCUGCAGCUCCCUGGUUCGGUGGGUACUCGGAGACUUGGUGGUCCCACAUGCUGUGGGUCCCACUGGUGGGAUGGGGUGGUGGGUGUGGUGACAAAUCCCCUCGGAGAGCGUCGCAAGGUCAGGCGCCUGCCAGGAGCGGGAGCUGCCAUCUUCUGCCAGGGCUCCCCUCCUCUCCUCUCCCCGCCGCAGAAGCCCUUCGUGUUGCUGAGAGCUGCCCUGUACCCCAGUUGCACUUCUGGAAAUGAUGUGCUGUGUCCUUUCUGUUGUGUUUGUUUGUUUGUUCAACACUAUUUCUGGUUCUGAGAAAUAAAGUGAUGAUGAUAUGUUAACUGUAACCCUCAA